AUGACCGCUACCACCGUUGCCCAGGGCUUCCUGGGAAACUUGACGACGGACCAGGAGUCCCGUCUCCGCCAGCUCUGGUCCAUCGUGCUGAAGCUGCACGACGCGGGCGCCCAAGGCUCGCACGAUGCUCCUGGCGCUACAAACGGCGAUCGACGAGCCUCGCUGUCUCGCACCGAGACCGCCGCAUCGGCCAAUCCCAACUCGGCCUACACCAACGAGUUUGCCCAGACGCUGCAGGACGUGGGCAUCCAGGGCGCAGAGCUGAAGUCCGUUCGCGAUGCCCUUGCCAACACCUCCAUUGACGACCUCCGUCAGAGUCUCCUGAGCACAGCCAAGCACGAUCAUCCCGAUGCGCUGAUGCUGCGGUUCCUGCGGGCCCGGAAGUGGGACGUGAACAAGGCCUUCGUGAUGAUGCUGCACGCGCUGGUAUGGCGUGUCAAGGAGCAGCAUGUCGACGACCAGGUGAUCGCGAGGUCGGAGCUGGAGGCGCUCAAGGAUUCGCAGAACAAAUCUGAUCCGCAGGCUGCGAAGGCUGGUAGUCAGUUCCUGGCGCAGAUGCGCUGUGGAAAGGCCUACUUCCACGGUGUUGAUCGGGUCGGUCGUCCCAUCGGCGUUGUCAAGGCUCGCUUGCACAAACCGGCAGAGCAGAGCGAGGAGGUGAUUAAUAGAUAUAUCCUGCAUGUCAUCGAGACGGCACGAUUGCUGUUAGUGCCGCCGAUGGAGAAUGUGACUAUUGUGUUCGAUUUGACGGGAUUCUCUCUCUCCAACAUGGAAUACGCUCCUGUCAAGUUCCUCAUCGACUGCUUCCAACAAAACUACCCCGAAUCGCUGGGUACCAUGCUCAUCCACAACGCCCCUUGGGUCUUCUCCGGAAUCUGGCGUAUCAUCAAGGCCUGGAUGGACCCCGUCAUCGUCUCCAAGAUCCACUUCACCAACUCGGUCGCCGACCUUGAGAAAUUCAUCGCCCCCGACCAAAUCGUCAAGGAGCUCAAAGGCAAGGAAGACUGGGAAUACGAGUACAUCGAGCCAGUCGAAGGCGAGAACGCAAAGAUGGCCGACAUCACCACGCGCGACGAGCUCACGGCAGAGCGUCAGCGCAUCGGCGACGACCUGCUCCGCGUCACCGGCGAAUGGAUCGAGGCCGCCAAGGCAAACAACAAGCAGCAGGUGGACGAAGUCAAAGCUCGUCGGGCCGACGUGGCUGAGGAUCUGCGACUCAACUACUGGAAGCUGGACCCCUAUGUGCGAGGGCGCAACUGUCUGGACCGGACGGGCGUGAUCCGACAGGGAGGCAAGAUCGAUUUUUAUCCCAGCGCGGACAGCUUGUCAGAUGCUGAAUUAGCCAAGGCGCUGGAGGUGGAACAUGUCGAGCGGACUCAGGUGAAGGUAGUGAAUGUUUGA